CAGAGGAGCUGGAUGCAUGUAGUCGGCGUGGGUGAGCCCGCCGCCCCGCUACGCCUACAGCAUCGCACCUGUGGAGAACACGCGGACAAUGACACUGACGAGGCGUUCGCACCUGCUCUGAUUUUUAAAUACUUGGGGUCUCAGACCUGCGCAAAAGACUAAACCCACAGCCUCCACUGCACAUGAAGAUGUGGACAACAAACUCUUUUACUGAACUUGUGUAGUUCAAAUCCUUCAAGCACUGCUCUUCACGGUGGAUGAUCAGAAUGUUUCUUCCUCAGCGAGCCUCAGAAAAUGAACACCACUCUGUAUGACUCUGCAGUGACCAUGUAUCACCUGACGGCAGACCACCCACUGAACGCCAGCUGCAACUGCUCCUCCCCCAGUUCCAACUGGACAGCAGGGGGCGAAGCCCUGCAGCUGCCCACAUUCACCACAGCAGCCAAAGUUAGAGUGAUCAUCACCUUCAUCCUCUGUGCCAUAUCGGCCUUUUGCAACCUGGCUGUGCUGUGGGCAGCACACAGCGAUGGGAAACGCAAAUCACAUGUCAGGGUGCUGAUAAUCAACCUGACGGUGGCUGAUCUGCUGGUGACCUUCAUCGUGAUGCCUGUGGAUGCAGUGUGGAACAUCACAGUCCAGUGGCUUGCUGGGGACUUCGCCUGCAGACUACUGAUGUUUCUUAAGCUGCAGGCAAUGUACUCCUGUGCCUUUGUCACUGUGGUGAUCAGUCUGGAUAGGCAGUCAGCCAUUCUCAACCCUCUGGCUAUCAAUAAGGCCAGAAAGAGGAACAGAGUCAUGCUGUCUGUGGCGUGGGGCAUGAGUGUCAUGCUGUCAGUCCCUCAGAUAUUUCUUUUUCACAACGUUACCAUCAUCCAUCCUGAGGAUUUCACUCAGUGUACAACACGUGGAAGUUUUGUCACUCACUGGCAUGAAACGGCCUACAACAUGUUCACUUUUUCCUGCCUGUUCCUGUUGCCGCUGAUCAUCAUGAUCACCUGCUACACAAGGAUCUUCUGUGAGAUCUCCAAACGACUGAAGAAGGACAACUUGCCCUCCAAUGAAGUUCAUUUGCGUUGUUCAAAGAAUAACAUCCCCAGAGCCCGGAUGAGAACUCUAAAAAUGAGUAUCGUGAUUGUCUUCUCUUUCAUUAUCUGCUGGACUCCAUACUAUCUGCUGGGCCUGUGGUACUGGUUCUGCCCCGAGGACCUGGAGGGGAAGGUCUCCCACUCACUGACCCACAUCCUGUUCAUCUUUGGUCUCGUCAACGCCUGCGUGGACCCAGUCAUCUAUGGCCUGUUCACCAUUCACUUCCGAAAGGGGCUUCGGAGGUAUUACUGCAAUGCUACCACUUCAUCUGACCUCGAUACUAACACAGUAAUAAUUGGAUCUUUCACUUGUGCUGCCAAUUCUUUACCACUGAAAAGAGAGGUGACCCCUGCUAGCCAGGAGAGGUUCCUGUUGUGCAGUGAUAAUCACAGCAAAGCAGAGUCGGCGUCACCAGGAAGCAGCUUUUUAACAGCAGAAAAUGAUGCAGAAAGAGAUCUAAACCAGUCCAGCCCUGAGGGCAUCGUAUGAGGAGAUGGCUAAAGAUUCCUAACAGUUUAUACUACUGUUGUAUACAGUAACUAUACUAUUUAUUCAGAUGUAUUCAUUGUCUGACUGUCUAAUGUGUGAUGUCCCGUAUUCCUUGAACACUAUGUGUAAUUUUGGCUUACCUCAUAAAACAUGCUUCUGUAAAAAACAGGGUCAAAAAUCUGCCACAGGUUGGAAAUGACAGAACUGUAUUUCCUAUA